UAUGCUCUCCGCCUGGAGCUCAUGCUGUUACCGGAUAUCUAGACGACGGGCGGCCGUUUCGCCUCUUUUCGCUGGGUUUUAACCAAUUUUCACGAAGUUCGGAAUGAUCGCACAGUAGUUUAAACUUUUAAAGUAAUACAUAAUCGAUUAAAAGUGAAGUGAGGUUAUGUAUUAUUAGUUAGUGGCAUGAAACGAAGCGACUCAUUCCUCUGGUUUCACAAAGGAGCGGUGGUUUCCUCAGGUGUCAGCAGGCUAUCCUCGGAGUCUCAUCACCGAGCACCGAGCGGCGACAACCGCGAGUAGCCGUCAAAUCCUCGGGGAAGGAGGGAAAGGGGAAACCCAGCAACCACCAUGGCGAGCGACGACUGUAGGAAAGAUGACUUGCAGGAGGAUAACCGCAUAGACUCAGGCAUUGACUCGUACCGCUCCAUGCUGAAGUCGGAGGAGCCCCGGGAGCCGAGCAUCGACUUCAGCGGGCCGAGGGACAAGCUCUCCGCCGUAGAGGAGCGCCUGGACUCAGCGUACGGCUCCUCGUCCAUCACGGUGGAGAGUCUGUCGGAGAUAGUGGACGGCUGCACCCUCUCCAGCACCAAGGAGGAGCAGGCACCGAGCUCUGAACUCUCUGAACAGGAGGAGAACUUGCUCACUACUAUCACUGAAGAUGGAGACACAAUCCUGCAUUUAGCAAUAAUCCAUGAAGAGGAGUUAAUCGCCCAACAGUUGAUACAGCUUUUCCCAAAAGAAGUCCUGGACAUCCAAAAUAAUCUAUACCAGAGCCCUUUGCACCUGGCCACUUACCUGAACCUGACAAAUGUGGUGAAGGGCCUGGUGGAGAAAGGGGCCAGUCUGGAGCUGCAGGACCAGGAGGGGAACACAGCGCUGCAUGUGGCCUGUCAGCACGGACAGACGGAGUGCGCCACCGAGAUGACCAGAGAGGUUUCCCCCAGCAAGCUGGCGCCGGUCCUCGAGACGCAGAACUGGAGAGGUCUCGCCUGUCUUCAUUUGGCUGCACUGAACAGGCAACAUCAGAUAAUGAAGCUCCUUGUGAAAAAGGGAGCAGACCUGAAUAUCCAGGAAGGAACCAGCGGCAAAACAGCUCUCCAUCUCGCCGCUGAGCUGCAUGACAUCCAGGCGGUGAAGCUGCUGCUCAGCAGGGGAGCCAACGUGGAUGCAGCCAUGUUUAAUGGUUGCACGCCACUGCAUCUUGCAGUGGGGAGACAGGACGCUGCUAUCGCCACCCUCCUCUGCCAGUCUGGCGCAGACACAAUGCUGCGAAACAUGGAGGACGAAACGGCGCUGGAUCUGGCUGAUGGCAACGAUGAUAUUCUGGCUCUAUUUCCUUUCGAUGACAUCCAGAUCUCCGGGAGGUCGGUAGUCAGUGUGAAGUUUUGAAUCGUAGGCUUAACAACAAUAUUGAAGUUGUCUGGAGCUUCAUUGCGGCUGGAACAUUUAAACAAAACAAAAAACAAAAAAAAAGCUGUAUGUGAGCUGAAGUUUUCUUUAAAUAGUGCCUUAAUUUGUAGUACAUUCUGAUUGAAACUGUAUUUAUCCAUUAUCUAGACAAAUAUGCACACCGUAUAGACAUUACCUCCCUCUGACAAAGGGAGUGACUCUGCAACUGAUAAUGAAAAAUCGAUGUUUUGGAGUCAUUGGUUCGAUUAUUCUGCUUCUUUCCGCAUGUCUCUGGAGGGGUCGUAUCUAAAGCCACCUCAAUGACAGUGCCAAAUUCUUUUAUCAACAUGUUCAAUGUCCAGAAAUUAUUCUACCUCUUUAUCACAUUAAUCUAGUAAAACAAGUAGAAACUCAACAUUCAAAGUGCUUUUUUCCACAGUUUCUCAAACUUCAUCAACACUGUCAUUGCAUUUGUAUUGUAACAUGUUUGUAUUUCCAAAAAUGUGGCCUUUCAUUGCAGCCACAGAAAGACUUUAAAGAAUGCAAUCAAAGAAAGAAUAAAUUCAAUUUACUGAAUGUAAAACUUAUAAUGUUUCCCAAAGAGACCUGCAAUCAUAUAAAUACAAGUUAAUUCAAUCUCUUCUAUUUGUUAGAAAACUGAUAGCCCAUAAAAAAUGUAAUAUAUAAGACAAAAUGCAUAAUCUUUUGGAUUUCUGAGUUUUGCUGCUUCAUGUUGUGAAGCUGUUUUAUCUAUUUAUCUCUUAUCCUUAAUCUGCAGGACACUGUUCCACUUUGGUGUGUAAUUACACUGCUCUGUUUAGUUAACAUAAGCAGUUUGUCUAUUUUGUAAUAAAAUGGGAAAAAAAUCAA